CCGCGGGGAGGGGAUGCGCGGGCCCCCGGCCGGGCGGAGCGGGCACAGCGCGCCCCGCGUGCUGCCAUCCUUUGGGUUCCUGUUUGACAUCGAUGGGGUGCUGGUGCGAGGCAGGACCCCCAUCCCUGCUGCCAGAGCAGCCUUUGGCAAGCUGGUGAACCCUCAGGGACAGUUCCUGGUGCCCGUGGUCUUUGUCACCAACGCUGGGAACUGCCUGCGCCAGAAGAAGGCUGAGCAGCUGUCCCACCUGCUGGGGGUUCCAAUUUCCCAAGAUCAAGUGAUGAUGUCCCACAGUCCUCUGCGGAUGUUCAAGCGUUAUCAUAAAAAAUGUGUCCUGGUAUCUGGACAAGGACCCCUUCUUGAUAUUGCUCGAGACCUUGGCUUCUGCCAGCCCAUCACCAUUGACACCCUGCGGGAGAAACGCCCUCUGCUCGAUGCAGUUGACCAUGACAGAAGACCCAAUGUCCUGUCCCCGUCUGCUGUGGAGCUUCCCAAGAUUGAGGCUGUGGUGCUGUUUGGGGAGCCAGUGAGAUGGGAGACCAGCCUGCAGCUGAUCAUCGAUGUUCUGCUGACCAGUGGCUAUCCUGGCAAUCCCUACGGGCAGGAGAGCUACCCUCACAUCCCUGUGCUGGCCUGCAACAUGGACCUGAUGUGGGUGGCUGAGGCACAGUCCCCAAGGUUUGGGCACGGAACAUUCAUGGUCUGUUUGGAAAACAUUUACAAGAAGAUCACUGGCAGAGACCUGAAGUACGAGGCGCUGAUGGGCAAACCCAGCAGGCUGACAUACCAGUAUGCAGAGCACCUGAUCCGGGCCCAGGCCCUGCAGAGGAGCUGGGAGCAGCCCAUCCAGACCCUCUAUGCUGUGGG